CGACAAUCAAAUUCAAAAACUGUCAAGAUUUCAACCCAAGUUGCGUCUCUGAACGAGGGACGCAAUCACGACUGCAAAUAGACUUGGUCAAAAGGCAAAAGGCAAUGGCGCAGGGAACGAAUCCCUUCGAGGAUAACGAUGACCCAGUAACUUCGGCGAGCACGAAUCCGUUCGACAAUGAUGCGAGCGACAUCGGGGGUGGAGGUGCACCGUCAGGUAGAACUGGUACCAACCCUUUCGGUCCUAACUCUGGAUACGAUGACGACGACGAUGAUAUUGGCGAAGACGAGGAGGCCGAGAGCUUCGAAGUAGAAGAAGAGGAAAAUUUAGGGGCGCCGGUUGAGGCAUCGUGGCAAUAUCUUGGCGAUUUGCCAUAUCGCAGAGUUCCUGUUUAUUCCAAUGUUCGUUGGGGAGGAAAGCCGGACAAAAAUGGAUCAAGUUCGGAAAGUUUAAACUAUGGCUUAUCGGCUUUUCCCAAAGCAGCUUUGCAACGUCACCCAGAUUUGUUGGAUGCACGCGAACUGCAGGAGUUAUUGAAUCGAACCACAGUUACGAAGGUUGUGGGGUGCCAAUAUGGAGGCCCAAUAGCAGCCGUUACGCUACCUAUUGUGGGCGAAACAUCGUGGUUCAGUCACACAGAAAUUAGGAUAUUAACAAAUUCGGGAAAUCCGUUGGCUACCGUCGAAUUUCCUAUUCCCGAGCUCGAAAGAAAAUACGCGCCUUCAGAUAUCAUGGAAAUCGGAUUUAUAGAUCGAACCGUGCUUGUUGUCGUGCUGAAAGACUCGCUCUGCUUGACGUAUGAUUUAUCAGGCGGAGCUCUCUUGCCGCCCUUCUUCAUAUUACCCCGCGGAGAAGGUCAAGGGACUGAUCUGUUCCAAGCUUGUAUUUUUGAAGGUGGUGCGGUAAGCUUUUCUAUCUUUGUUCCGCUCGGUCGAAUAAUUUCGAUCAUUUGAUUAUUUUUUGUUUUGAUGUUGGGUUGUUUUACAGAUCCAGCAGAUAGAGCCAACCCUGCUCAUUGACGUCAUAUCUCACUGAAUCUUGUCCAUUAUAGGCUGUUCUUUCGACGUCCAAACAUUCAGCCAUUGUAGAAUUUCUAGAUGAGCACGAUGAUCCGAUGUACUUGAAUACGGCCCACCUGGGGGCGCGAAAGAUUUUGCCGCCAUCUUAUAUUUCGACAGACAUAGGAGGUAUAGGGUUCAAUGAUUCUAUGCCACCGUUUUGUGGGCUGAUAACAUUUUU